GAAAUGAGGCAGCAUGAUGUGCAGGAAUUAAAUCGAAUUCUGUUCAGUGCUUUGGAAACUUCCCUUGUUGGGACUUCAGGUCAUGACAUUAUUAACCGGUUAUACCAUGGGAUUGUUGUCAACCAGAUUGUCUGCAAAGAAUGCAAAAAUGUCAGCGAGAGACAGGAAGAUUUCUUAGACUUAACAGUAGCUGUGAAAGGUGUUGCUGGCUUGGAGGAGGCACUGUGGAACAUGUAUGUGGAAGAAGAAUACUUUGAAAAUGAUAACUUGUAUCGGUGUGGAGCCUGUGAUAAACUUGUUGAAGCCUCAAAGGUAAUGUGUGUUUGGUGA